CAAAAAGAUCUUAAAGACAUGCGCGUAAUAUCUAAUUGUAUCUAUUGUUAUGGUGGUCGGUAAUAUUAUUCACUUGUAUUGUAUGCAUUCAUGUUGGGGUAGAAAACGUUUGUAUAACGUAAAGAAUGGUUACAAGAAAUAAAAUUAUCAUUUUCAUUUCAGCCUUUCACACGGACGCACACACACGCACACACACACACACACACAAACACACGUUGUGAUUGAUUUUCAAUCAUUGCAUUUCAUUUAUCAUUUUGAUUGGUGUUGGUAUAUAUCGGUCAUAGGCCAUUUUGUGAACGAAUCGAUUUUUAUUGAUAACAAAUCAAAUUCUAUUUAAUCAUCAUCAUUGAUAUAGAAACCAGAAAUCUGGAAUCAAACAACAACAAUUCACAGAGAAUAUUAUCACCGAUUUUAUCGCUAUUAUCACCGACAUCAAUAAUGGCUUUGGAACAAUCAUUGGUUGAUGAACAAUUUAAUGAUACAAAUUAUGAUUUAUGGAAUGCACCGACACCAUGUAUCAGUCAUCGUGAUAAUGAAGAUCCAUUAUCAUCAUCAUCAGAUACAAAUGUAUUAAUAAAUAGACCAUCGUCACCAAUAAUUACUACUACUACUACUGCUGAUAUUGCUACUGAUCCAUUGGAUUGGAAUGAUUCUACUUGCAUGUACAAUUUGGAUUUAGCAUCGAUUCAGCCAACAUUAUACUUUAAUACUACACUUGUUGAUGAACAUCAACUACUACAACAACAGCAACAAAUUAAUCCAAUUAUUAAAAAUAAAGAUGAAUUUUCAUCAUUAGUAACAUUGACUAAUGUUAAUGAGCUACAACAAACACUAGUUGAUCCAUCUCGGCCACAGCAGCAACAGCAACAGCCAAUAUUUUCGCCAUUAUAUGAACAGAAUUUAAAAUUUGAACAAAAUGUUCAAUUUGUAGCGAAUAUUGCUGGACAAUUACAAGACCAAAAUCAAUAUGAUGAUAAUAAUAAUCAAUUGACUAAUAAUCAAGAUGAUGAUGAUGAUGAUGAUGAUGAUAAUGAUGAUUUGAUCUCACAAUAUUCAUUAUCGACAAUAAAUCAACCACAACAAUCAAAAACAACAGCUACCAUUUCUAAUGAUAAUAAUGGUGGACGAAGAUCAACAUCAAAAAAAUCAACAAAAAUUGUAUGCAUGAAUCCAAAUGCAAUUGCUGCACGUCAAAAUCGUGCCAAAAAGAAAACUGAAAUGCAAAUAUUAAUUAAUCGUAAUGAAAAAUUGGAAUCAGAAUUGGCUCAAUAUAAACAAAUGUACGAUGGAAUGGCAAAUAUAUUGGACAAAACACAAAAUCGAGUAAAUUAUCUGGAAUUAAUUCUACGGCAAACACCGCAAAUAAUGGAAUUGAUUGAACACAUGAAAAAAUUACCAACAAUUAGAUUGAAUAGUGUUCAUAUCAAUAAUGAUCAACAAUUCAAUAUGAUGAAUGAUGAUGAUCACCACCACCAUCAUGUUAAAAAACGAUUGAAAUCAUCAACAUUUACAACAACAAAAAUGGACGGAAACAACCACAGUAUUGCUGCUCACACCACCAAUGUUCAUUAUCAAAAUCCUUCUAAGGAUAAUUCGAAUGCUGGAAUCUGUUUUCAUGUUAAACCAAAUUGUGAAAUGUCAUUACAAUUUUGUCAUAAUUGUUCCAAUGCUAGUAAUAGCAAUAAUAAUAGUGCUACUACUACCGGUAGUGUUGGUGUCUGUGCUGGUGGUGGCGGUGGUGGUGGUGGUAAAACAAUGAUUCGAAAAAGUUGUUGUUGAUCAU